ACAAAAUUGCCGAAGACGAUUGGUAGAGGCUUCCCAUGGCUAUACUGCAGUUUAUGGAUCACCUUCUUUAGGAUGAGGUCUCUUUUGUUUGUGUGCACCGCAGCCCUGCUUUUAUGGGGAAACGUGGCAGAGAAAGAACCACCAAAGUCUCGAAAAGCAGAUGAACCAGCGCCGGAAAAGUCUCCAAAGGCAGAUGAACCAGACAUUUCAUCAAAAAGAGCUACUUGGCAAAGGGAACUCGCAAGAAGAUUCACAGCUCAAGUACCACCCAUUAAAAAUUAUUGGGAGCACAAAGGAAAAUAUAUGGAGCUGGCCAUCCAAAAACUGGAUAAAAAGAUACCAGAAAUGCGAAGAAAAUAUACAUUGAGCAAGGAGGAAAACAAGACAUUAGCCGCGAUGUUGGAAAUUUCGAAUCGUAAAUUGUACGACGCGACACUGGAGCUGAAUAGGGCUGAAGAACAGUGGGAAAGCUGCAAGGAUGAUCAGUAAAUAAGCAUUAUUCCUAACAAUAUUAACAAUCCAAAGAAUAUUUAACGAUAGAAUCUGCCCACGACCGUGGUCCCCGACAAUACAAAUAAGUCAUCCGUUUGCCAAAGAAUUUGCGUGUGACUAUUGACAGGGAAUUGAAGAUAGUCAGGAAUUUGCUAAGGGAGAAAAUCCCCCGCAAAAAUGGGAAGG